AGUCACUUCCUGGUCAGGUUAAGUAAACAGAAGAAAUGGCAGCUUUAGACGAAAUACAACGUCUUGAAUAUUUAUCUUUGGUGUCGAAGGUGUGCACGGAGCUGGAGAAUCAUCUGGGGAUAAGCGAGAAAGAUCUGGCUGAAUUCAUCAUCAGUUUGGCAGAAAAACAUCCAACAUUUGAGAAGUUCAAAGCAGCUCUGUGUGAAAAUGGAGCAGACUUUACUGACACGUUUAUUGGUAAUUUACUCAGACUUAUUCAGACCAUGCGACCCUCACCAUCUACAAGUAAAGCUCAUCAGACGGAGCUCAGGCCGAAGAGUGAGAAGGACAAGCUGAAGGAGAAAUAUCCUGCGUUAUGUAGACCAGAUGAUCCAGUGUGGACGAUCCCACCACGACACACAGAUACAGAUGAGCAGGUGGCAGCAGCAGCCAUGAAGGAGCUGGAGAUGCUCAUGCCAAACGUCUGUGGAACCAGCUCUGAUAACAGAUCAGACGGGAAUUUGCACAGUGACAGAAGUCGAGACACAAACAGACAAAUCGGACUUAAGCAAAUUCAUCCUCGCUCCAGUUCACAAGAUGGUGACGGAGAAACAAACCCUCCACGCAAAAGGAAGCGAGUGUCUCGCUGGAGUGACCAUCCGCCAAACCCUCACAGAGACGAUGUGAACAACAAGAAGGUCGACAGACACUCUGACCACUGUCGCGACAGACUUGUGGAUCGCCCUCCUCCAGAGGAGCCCGUUGUGGGCGACAUCUACACCGGCAAAAUCAGCAGCAUCAUGCAGUUUGGCUGUUUUGUGCAGCUGGAGGGCCUCAGGAAACGUUGGGAGGGUCUGGUGCACAUCUCAGAGUUGCGCAAAGAAGGACGUAUAGCCAAUGUGGCUGACGUGGUCACCAAAGGUCAAAAGGUGAAGGUCAAAGUGCUGUCGUUCACUGGGACCAAAGCCAGCCUCAGCAUGAAGGAUGUGGACCAGGAGACAGGGGAGGACCUGAACCCAAACCGGAGAAGAAACAUUGAGCCUGUAGUCGGAGACGAAGCCUUGAGGAACCCCGACCGUCCGAUUGAAGCCAGCAUGCUGGAAUUAGAGGAAGACCCAUCAGAGCGCAAACGGCUCACCAAAAUCACCGACCUUGAAAAAUGGGAAAUUAAACAGAUGAUCGCAGCCAACGUCCUUCCUAAAGAGGAGUUCCCAGAAUUUGACGAGGAGACGGGGAUCCUUCCCAAAAUAGAUGACGAUGAAGAUGAAGACAUAGAGAUUGACCUGGUGGAAGAGGAGCCACCGUUUCUGAGGGGACAGACGAAAUGGACCAUGAACAUGAGCCCGGUGAAGAUAGUGAAGAAUCCAGACGGCUCUCUUUCCCAAGCAGCCAUGAUGCAGAGCGCUCUUUCUAAGGAGAGGAGGGAGCUGAAGCAGGCCGCUCGUGCAGCAGAGUUGGACUCCAUCCCCACUGGUCUCCACAAGAACUGGAUCGACCCGAUGCCUGAUUAUGAAGGAAGGCAGAUUGCUGCCAACAUGAGAGGCAUCGGCGCUAUGCCUAUCGAUCUCCCAGAAUGGAAGAGAUACGCCUUCGGGGGCAACCAGGUGUCGUAUGGCAAGAGGACAGAGCUUUCCAUCCUGCAGCAGAGAGAGAGUCUGCCUAUUUUCAAGCUGAAGGAACAGCUGGUUCAGGCUGUCCACGACAAUCAGAUCUUGAUCGUAGUUGGAGAAACUGGCUCCGGUAAGACCACACAGAUCACUCAGUACCUGGCGGAGGCAGGUUACACCUCCCGGGGGAAGAUUGGCUGCACGCAGCCCCGUCGUGUGGCCGCCAUGUCAGUGGCCAAGAGAGUCUCUGAGGAGUACGGUUGCCGUCUGGGACAAGAGGUGGGUUACACCAUUCGUUUUGAGGACUGCACCAGCACUGAGACAGUAAUCAAAUACAUGACCCAUGGUAUGCUGCAAAGGGAAUGUCUGCUGGACCCAGACAUGAGUCAGUACUCCCUCAUUAUGCUAGAUGAGGCCCACGAGAGAACAAUCCACACCGAUGUGCUAUUUGGCCUUCUCAAGAAGACGAUACAGAAACGCAAAGACAUGAAGCUGAUCGUGUCCUCUGCCACGCUGGAUUCUGUCAAGUUCUCCCAGUAUUUCUUUGAAGCUCCCAUCUUCACCAUCCCAGGAAGAACUUUCCCCGUGGAGAUCCUCUACACCAAAGAACCUGAGACAGACUACCUGGAUGCCGGUCUCAUCACAGUCAUGCAGAUUCAUCUGACCGAGCCCCCAGGUGACAUCCUGGUGUUUCUGACUGGACAGGAAGAGAUUGACACAGCUUGUGAGCUCCUGUAUGAGAGGAUGAAGUCACUGGGGCCUGAUGUUCCUGAACUGAUUAUUCUGCCAGUUUACUCGGCCCUGCCCAGUGAGAUGCAGACCAGGAUCUUUGACCCUGCACCGCCAGGCAGCAGAAAGGUCAUCAUUGCCACAAACAUUGCUGAGACGUCUCUCACUAUUGAUGGAAUCUACUAUGUGGUGGACCCCGGCUUUGUUAAACAGAUCGUGUAUAAUUCCAAGACGGGCAUUGACCAGCUGGUGGUGACUCCCAUCUCACAGGCCCAGGCCAAGCAGAGGGCGGGCCGAGCCGGCAGAACAGGACCAGGGAAGUGUUACAGACUCUACACUGAGAGGGCCUACAGAGACGAGAUGCUGACGACCAACGUGCCUGAGAUCCAGAGAACCAACUUGGCCAGCACUGUGCUGUCUCUGAAGGCCAUGGGUAUAAAUGAUCUCCUGGCAUUUGACUUCAUGGACGCUCCCCCAAUGGAGACUCUGAUCACAUUUCAGUUGGACUUUGGGUUGAAUGGAGAAGCCUUUGAAGCCAGUGUUUGUGAGGGUUGUCAGGGGUUUGCUGGCUGCGUUUGGCAAGACGUCACCACUACCCGCUUGAGGUGUGGCGGCCCUGCUGUUGGACCUACUCCAGAGCAGCUUGGCAUGGCAUGGCGCGUCUGA